UUUCUCAGAAGACAUCAGAACACACGACCAUCUCUCUGUCGCCUUAAAAGCUUCUUCUUACCAUGGCAACGACAGCAACAUUGGCAGCUCCUUCAACUGGAUCUGUGCAAAAACCAGAUGAUGAGUGGCGUGCCGUUCUGUCUCCUGAACAAUUUAGAGUUCUCAGGGAAAAGGGCACAGAAGCCCGAUUCAAAGGAGAAUAUAAUAAACUGUACGACGAAGGAACAUAUGCGUGUGCUGGCUGUGCAACUCCUCUUUAUAAGUCCACCACCAAGUUCGACUCUGGCUGUGGCUGGCCUGCCUUUUUCGACGCUAUUCCCGGUGCCAUUAAACAAACUCUGGAGCCAGAUGGGAGAAGAGUUGAGAUCACAUGCUCAAAAUGUGAUGGACAUUUAGGUCAUGUUUUCAAAGGAGAAGGUUUCCCCACGGCUACCGAUGAGCGUCACUGCGUCAACAGUGUUUCGCUUAAGUUUAAUUCUUCCGAAACUUCCUCCUGAUAAAUCGAUGAAUAUCGAUCCAUUAUUGUUUGGACCAAUUCACC